GUGCCUAUGGUCAAUGUAUGUUUGAAGAUGAGAUGUGAUGUGGGUGGAGGGACGUGAGCUGAUGAGAAUAGGUGGUGGGAUCAGUUGGGCCGGAGCUACGAGUUGUGUUGAUGGUUAUGUUUGUACUGGGAAUAGCGACUGUACGACUCCCCAUCUUCUGCUUCCAAGCAAUGCUCUCAAUUGACAUCCACCAACAGACUACAUGCAAUGCCUCCCAAGCACAGCAUCACCCGAAACCCCAACACCCACGACAGUAAUCGACUCCGCAUCCGCCUCCGGUCCAGGAACCACCCUCCAAAGCGGCUACCUCUGGAUCCGCGCCGUCGAAUCCCCCAACUUCCACAAAUACCUGCAAUCGCGCCCCCUCUACUCCCCCGGCCAAGCCAUCCUCGACACCUACACCACCGCGGGCCAAUUCCAGAUCAUCUCUGGCCAACUCGUGCAACUGCUCAACUCGACCUCCUUCCUCUACGCCAACGUACAACGCAACACUUCCGCAGCCGUCAAGCUAUCGGUGAGCUUCAACACGACGAAGAAUGCGUACGGGACGUUUGUGUUUAGCGGGGAUGCCGUGACGUGGAGUACGCCGGAUAUUUCGAGGCCGAAUUUGAGUGCGUGGUUGGUGUGUGGCGAGAAGUCGUUGUGGAUUAAUUUGGGGAAUUAUGAUUAUAUGACGCCGAGUGGGUGUGUGGAUGAGACGAUUCAUUUUUAUAAUGCGGCGACGCCGACGCCCAGGGCUGUUUAGUGGAGGGUUGGGAUGGAUGGGCAAAGUGAGGUUUGUGGAGGUGUACUUAUGUGUUGUUGAUUGUCUGGCAAAGUUGGGACAAUUGGGAGUUCGAA